AUGUAUGCUAAUGGGACAUGUACGUUAUAUAGACUUCUUGCGAUGAGUGUCAACAACACUCAAAGUGUAGCAAUUAAACAAGACGCUAACGAUGUUUGGGAUCCCGAGAGCACUAACGUAUUUUGUGAUGAGUGUAUCCGAGAAGUCGAAACAGGGCAUCGUCCUGGUACUCAUUUUACAAAAGUAGGAUGGGACAAUGUGGUUAAUAAAUUUAACAGGGCAGCCCGAAAAAAUUACACCAAGGUUCAGCUGAAGAAUAAAUGGGAUGCUCUUAAAGUUGAUUGGAAUUUUAUGGAGACGAUUGAUUGUAGGAGAACGACUCCUGAGGAGAUCGUUGCAAUGUUCUUGCACACUCUAGGACAUGGAAAUGUAAACAGGUUAACACAAGAACGAUUCCAACACUCGGGUGAAGCUUUAAGUAGAUAUUUCAGCAUGAUGCUCGAUGUUGUGUGUCGUUUAGCGGUUGAUAUAAUAAAGCCUGCAGAUCCUACAUUCAGAGACACCCCUAAGGAAAUAUCAAGGGAUACAAGAUAUAUGCCUCAUUUUAAGGACUGCAUUGGCGCAAUAGAUGGUGUACAUGUCCCUGCAACGAUUUUCCCUGAAAAUCAAGUACCAUAUAUUGGACGAAAAGGGAUUCCGACUCAAAAUGUAAUGGCGGCUUGUAACUUUGACAUGCAAUUUAUAUUUGUAUGUGCAGGCUGGGAAGGCAGUGCCCAUGAUGCAAGGAUACUUGCAUCAGUUCUUGCUAAUCCUAGUAUGAAAUUUCCGAAGCCUCCGAAAGGAAAAUAUAAUGUAGUAGAUGCUGGGUAUGCGCAAAUGGAUGGUUAUUUGGGACCAUACCUUAGUAACCAGGAGCGGGAAUGA